CAGAUGCUCAGAGGAGCUGUGCUGCCUUCUAGACACUAAGGAGGGGGUGCUGCUCUGAAAAGAGCACAACAGCAUGUAUCUUUGACAUGGCAAACUUCACUCUCCCCCCUUCAGAGCUAACCAGAAGCUCAUGUAAAUGACCUUUGAGUCCCAGUCCAGGAGCUCAAGUGGCAAUUGCUCUACAGCAUGCAGAGGUUUUGACUGACACUUCAGACCCCGAAGACCUGCAGUGGCAGAUAUCUCAAGUAUCUCAAAUGACAUUGCUGAGCAGACACAGCAUCAGCAGCCACCCACCUUGCCAGGUUUCUGCUAAGCCUGUUGUAAGGCAGAAUCAGGACUAACACAAGGCAAGAAAAGCAUCACUGACUUCCCCUGGGAGAAAUCUAAAUUCAAGAUACUUUGGAAUAUCUGUAUUAUUUAAAUACUGAAUCUUCCCAAAAAGGCAGAAAUGACUUCAUCAAGUUAUCCUGCAAAGUAUAAGAAAUAGCCUCAAUUUUAUGUAGCCUCACUUCUGCAUCCCGAGAAAAUACAAAGGGGGUUAAACUUGACUGUGAAAUGGCGACUGUGCUAUUAACUAGGGGAAUGGUAAAACUUGGGGAGAAAGGUGGAUUUCCUACUGUUUCCGGAUCCUUCGCGUCGUUCCUGGUGCUGCACUCCUAACAUAUUCUUAAACUUUUUUUCCCAGCAAAGCCAGGCAAAUGUUGCCUGUAGGACCUUCUGAAAACUGAUCUCACCACUCUUUCCUACCAGAAAAGGGAGUGAAAGACACCGGCCUUGCAUGGACAUUAUCAGCCACACACCAUGGUUUUCCUCCUUGGAAAUUCAUCUGACUGCUCCAACUGCACCCACUCUGUGGGGCCUGUAAACAUUUCAAAGGCCAUUUUACUAGGCAUUAUUCUAGGGGGGCUGAUUAUUUUUGGGGUCUUGGGUAACAUUCUGGUUAUCCUCUCUGUAGCCUGCCACAGACAUCUUCAGAGCGUUACCCACUAUUAUAUAAUCAACCUGGCUGUAGCUGACCUCCUCUUGACUUCCACUGUCCUGCCCUUCUCAGCUACCAUGGAGAUUUUGGGCUACUGGGCCUUUGGGAGAAUCUUCUGCAACAUCUGGGCAGCUGUUGAUGUCCUUUGCUGCACUGCUUCCAUUAUGAGCCUGUGUAUCAUCUCGAUAGACAGAUACAUCGGGGUGAGUUACCCACUGAGAUAUCCAAGUAUAGUGACAGAAAAGAGGGGCCUCCUGGCUUUAUUUUGUGUUUGGGCAUUGUCUCUGGUGAUAUCAAUUGGACCUCUUUUUGGGUGGAAGGAACCAGCACCAGAAGAUGAGACCAUCUGUCAAAUCACUGAAGAGCCCGGCUACGUGCUCUUCUCUGCUCUAGGCUCCUUCUACCUCCCCUUGACUAUUAUCUUGGUGAUGUACUGCCGCGUGUAUGUAGUGGCCAAAAGGGAAAACAAAGGCCUGACUUCUGGCCUGAAGACUGAGAAAUCUCAUUCUGAAGAAGUGACUCUACGGAUCCAUCGUAAAAACGCUCCUGAAGCAAGUAGAUCUUCAUCCAACUCCAAGAGCAAACAUCAUUUCUCAGUGCGUCUCCUCAAAUUCUCCAGGGAAAAGAAAGCUGCCAAGACCCUGGGAAUAGUUGUGGGAUGCUUCGUUUUGUGCUGGCUUCCAUUUUUUGUAGUAAUGCCUAUUGGUUCUUUCUUUCCUGCAAUCAAACCCCCGGACACGCUUUUUAAAAUAACAUUUUGGCUUGGCUAUUUAAACAGCUGCAUCAACCCCAUAAUCUACCCAUGCUCAAGUCAAGAGUUUAAGAAAGCAUUCCAGAAUGUCCUGAGAGCCCAGUGUCUUCCAAGAAAGCAAACAGCGAAGAAGCAAUCCCCAAGUUUCAACCUCAACCAUCCCGCUAGCCAAAGCACAGAGAGUCACAAAGGCGUGGUCCGUAUCCCCGUUGGCUCAGGUGAAACCUUCUUUAGGAUUUCCAAGUCCGAUGGGGUCUGCGAAUGGAAGAUAUUCUCCACUGUGCAAAGCAUGCCUACAAAAAAUGCAGUCUCUAAAGACAAGUCUAGCUGUACUGCUGCCAAAGUGAAAAGUAAAGGUUUCCUACAGGAAUGCUGCUGUGCAGGCACUUCAGGGAAUAUUCUCCGGGAAAAUCGUAAAGUGCCAACCAUUAAAAUACAUACCAUCUCCCUCAGUGAAAACGGGGAGGACGUCUAAAGGACUGAUGUGACUAGUAGCGUAGCGUGGCAAACUCACGGCUCUGCUAAUGGGAUGUUGUUAUUUUAUGGGGAAGUAGCAGUAGAUGCUACAACAGUUGAAGGGAUCCAGCUGAAACAAAUAGCGUGCUGUAAAACAGGGCCAAAUCCUUUGAGGAGUGGUGAGUUUGAGCGCUGGUAGCCCCUUAAAAUCAGUGAAUGACUUCAGGGGAUGGUGAGCACCCAGCGCUCUUCCAAGAGUCUGUCUUCUGCAAGGGAUUUGCCUGACGUUUAAAGGCCUUAUUUUUCACUGCGUUCCCUUGUUUUGAAGUUCUAUUUGCUCUGAUUUUUAAGCGCAAUGGGAAGAGAGAGAGCAAACUGCAAAAAUCCUAUAGCGAUUUCAGCACGGAUGCUUUCGGCCAACUCCAACUUCACAGCCACUUCUGUGAUGUAAUUUUUUUUAAGCUAAACAAGUUGAUUCAACAGCCAAAAGACUUGAGGUGGGGAGGGUCAGGUCUUGGGACAGUGUUUACAGAUCUCUGCUUACUCUUCAGUAAGGGACUUGAACAAGAAUGUUUUUCUCCUGUCCUGCCUCUCUUGUUCAUCUCUAGAUCCCAGUCUGCAGAGGUCCUGCGCUCCUUGCCGAAGGCAGCUGUCUGGAUCACAUCUUCAGCUGGGCAGCCCCAUUGUCCUCAUUCCUGAGCUGCACCAGGUGGGGAUCUGGUCUUCCAUAACGCCCACAAGUCUGCUCGCCCUCAGCCAAUGACUGAAACGCAGUCAGCUCAGCUCACAGGAGAUGGCAAAAACAUUGCCUUGGCUCUUGCCCUGCUUGGAGUCACUCUCCCAAGUUUCCCUUUGGGCUUUGGAUUUCAGUGAAUCCCAUUGCUAAGAGAAACUUGACCCAAAUGGCUGCAUCUCAACUAGUUUCAGACCCACCCAAAGUCUUCUUUUUUGUACAACCAACCUCUCAAAUCCCCACACAAAACCAAAUGAAAAUUUGCAGCCAUCCUGUGUGUGUUUGGAAGGUCUCUGUGCUUUGAUGCAGAUAAAGUAAAACUCAGAAUUAGGUGAGGCAUCAUUAAGUAAGGCUCAAAGGGGUCACUUUUACUCAACCACUUUAUUUUCCUUAUUGUUCUGAGGUCAGCAGAGAACCAUUUAAAAACUCUAAAUCUCUUUGCUCAGGUGCUUGCAGUAAUCAGAACCUAAGGUACUGUAGUGCCACAGUCACUGGAAAAGCUGCAGCUGUUUUGCCAUCUCCUUGCUAGGUGUUAAUUCCACGUUCCUCUUCUGACUACUUCAAGGCAAAAGAUUAAGCCUUCUAGGAGUUCUUAGGCACCCUAGAGUCAGGAACUUUAUCCUCAUUCAGAGCAGUGGGAGUUAAGCCCAUUAAAUGACUUCAGGAUGUACAUCCCCAUGAGAAAGGGUCAUCUUUCGGGAAUUUGGGAGAAAAGCAUUUGGAAGCAUGCUAUAUUUUAAUAUAGCUAAUCCAAAUAAAUAAAUAAAUCGACAGUUCAGCAUCUGGAAUAAAUAGUGGGAGGCAUUCUCUGCAUAAUAUUAGAAACAAGCAGCUCUUGACAUAAUUCCUCCUGAACCUGCCAAGUAAGAAUGCAGCUUCCUUGAAACAACACAAGCCUUUACUCAUGUCCUGGUGUCAGCUUCUGGGCUGUGCCGACUUAUCUACUGGCUAGAAGAGGAAAAGAGCUUAGAAGGUUAGCUUUUACAGGAUAGGACCUUGAAAAGGCACCUUGAUAUUACUGAUGAGGAAUCACUGUUCAUUCAUCUCUCAUUCAGUAGUAAGGCCCCAGCGUCAAGAGAAUUUCAGUCGUCUGUGUCUUUUAUUUACGCACGAAUGAGACUUUUCUCUUGUAAACAAGUAUUUUCAGCUAGCACACUGUCUGAAAAUUUGCAAAAGGAGCAUCUGGUUCUUGAAGUUUCUUGCAGUACUGUUGUUUUAUACGGAUCUAGGAGCAGAAAGGAACCUUAAGUGUAAGGUGUCGUAUCUAUACGAGCACUGUUUUACAUGGCCAGGAUGCUAAUAAAGCACUGCCAUUGAAAAAAAGCUUAGAGCUCAAAGUAAAAGAAGAACAGAUGGGCCCAAGUCUAGAUUUCAGGUCAAGAUCUCCUGGUUAAAUUAUGAAAAGGUGUUAGGGCCAGAUUUAUCAACGUAGUUAGUGCCAGAUGACAAUAAAUACUUCACAGCUUUUGUGAAAACACCCAACUGACCAACUCCUGCAGGCUUUCCCUGGAAGUUAAGUGCCUAACCUGCCUAGGUGCUUUGGGCAAAUCCCAGUAGAGGCCUGUCUGCAUUGCAAGGCUCCUAAAACGGCCUGGGCUUUGUUAACAGGCUAUUCAUACUCCACAGCUUUAUUCACACACCAGAGAACUAUUAUUUCAAUCAAUACAUGCAAGACAAUUUUUGUGUAGCCUGUUCACAGAGGAAGGACGGGCCAGUUAGUUUUUCCCCUACAUUUGGCCCUGUUCUCAAUGCAUUAAUGUUGUCCUGUAAUAUUUGUACAUCAAGGAAACCUAAUACUAGGUACCCAUUUACCGGCGAUCCUGCUAAUCUCAAAGGAUCAGAAGUAAAACCCAUAAAAGUAGGCAUCAAGUCUUCAAGCAGAUUCACUAGGUAGUAUUGGCUCAGACAACACCAACUCGAUUCAACUGUAUGAGAAAACAAGAAAGGCAUAAAUGACCUUGUAAAGUUGGCAUUUUCCUUCUAGUGUGAUAACCAAGAACACUUCAGGUCUCAUACGCCUGUAAACUUUCCUUGCAGCACUUGCUACUACCCUUUAAGCCUUUCUGAAGUUUUUUUCAAUGGUUAGAAUUUGAAACCAGAAGUGUUGAGACACCAUGAAAAAAAUUAUUCUCAUGGUAUUCAAGCCAAGACAAGAAGCAGAAAAGCUGGAAAUCUCAUAAGAGAGCAAUGUGAGACUCAAAGCCAAGGUUUUCAGUCUCAUGGGAUUCAAAUACAUGGGACAUUUAUUUGAACCAAACCUGAACUCUGAAACACUUAAAAACGUCUAUUGAAUUGAGCAACAUUUAAUAUCUCCACUGUACAUACUUGCUGUCCAACCCUCUUUGUAUACCCAUUUUAUAACUUCAGAUAGACUAGUAAGGCCGUUUGUGCCAUCUCUCCUUUAGAGCUGGGAGAUUCACACAGCGGCUCUCUAGUAAUUUUAGAUUUGUUGAGGUUUCAUGCCACCAGCCAAGGGGAUUAUUGUGAAGCUUUAUACAGGCUGAAGAAAUGGAUCAGUCAUUAAAGAGCGAUUCUGAAAUAGCAACAUAAUCGAAACCUGUGUGAUUAGAGUAAAGAAGUCAGGGUGCUGGCGGCAGCAUCUAGAAAGACAGGUGGGAAAGGUCACCCUUGAAGCACAGUGCUCCUGCUUGGGAGAAUCAGAGGUCAGAAUAAUUGAAUCAUUGCCUCUUCUUCGUUCUUUCUGCUUCCCAUAAAACAGAAGCUGAAGACCCUCUGUGUCCCAUGACUGCAGACAGACUCAGACCUUGGUAUCAAGCAAACCUGAUCCUACCCGAACCUCUGCUUGCCAGCAAGAGUGAAUAUAUAAUUUGUUUGGCUCACUCAGAUAAUCUCUGCAGGAAAAUGGCCCUGUUCCCUUGUUUCAAGUAGGAUCAUAAGCAUUUGUCAUCUUCGUGGACUGACAAGUCUCAAAAAGUAGAGUGCAGAUUUAAACAGCCCAUAUACUUUUUUUAUUGAAAGUGAACUUGGCACUAGUAGGAGAGUUGACAGACAUACAGACUCUGUAUGUCUGUCAAAAAACACGCUAGCAGUACAACAGAAUCCCUAUCAGCCUGCCAGCUGUCACUGCAGGUAAAAUCCUUCUAGGAUUAGGGCUCUGUUUUAUGAAGUACUGUAAGAUAACAGGAGAUAGCCAGGGAGUUUACCAAAUCUACAGAGGGGUAGUAAAAACACAGUGGAGCAUGCUGAUUUGCCCUCAAAGUUGCAUCCACUGAACUGCACUGAUCUUUUGAUUGAUGUGUCCUGAACGAAACCUUGAGGGGAACGUGUGGCAUCCCACUGUUCGCUCCAUUGAGAGCAAAGGCUAAGAUCUCAUCUCCAUUUUGAAUGGAGCAGACCAUCUCUACUGUGAGGUGUAGAGAGCUACCAGCGUUUAGUAGUUAGCUGGCUUCUGAUUUACACUGGUUGAAUCUAAGUAAAUCAUCCAUCUGUUUUCUUCCAGGAGCAGGAACAGGUCAGUAUUCCAGUUUCCAGGGUUACCCCGGGAUUUAAUGUUCAUUCAGAUUUAGUGUCUUAAUUUUAAGGCUUUACAUAUUCUGCAACAUUAUUCAAAUCCUAAAUACUCUAAGGUUUUCCCAUUGCCCAAAUAAAUGUCUGCUUGCUUUUUUUUUUUUUUUGGAGUUUUACUCUGCCAAGUCCAAGGAUAAAUUACACAUUGUGUAAAAAUAGUAUUGUCCUUUGCCAGGCUUUAACAUCUUGAAAAUCCAUAGCAUUGAGAAAAGAUUAAAUGAGAAAUACUUCUUGCUUUUCUACUCCUCAGACUCAGUAAGUGGAUUUCACUGAGCUUUGCCAGUCUUAUCAGCAAAACCCAUCCACCUGACUUCUGUUUCAUGAAAGAAACAAGAUGAAGGACUUCAGUAUCAUAUACCAACUGAAGUCAGUUAAAAAAAUCUCAUUGCUUUAUUGAAGCAGAAGUUACUUAGUUCUAGCUAUGUGUGUUAGCAUCAUGAUAACUAAUGCUCAUGUAUGAAUGAGGUUUUAUUAUAAACUCAAUUUGAAAAUAAAGAUAUGAGGCAGGGACCCAAUUCAUUGAUUUACUCAAGGAAGAUUUCAUGGAUUUUCAGUAGAAUCCAUGCUUGGUAAUUAACUCAAUAUCCUACUCAGAUAUUUUUCCUCUUAAAAUUGUUUGGAUAAGGGAGACAAUGCUGACAAUCAACAGGCUGUUGAUGACAGUUUUCUGAAUGAUUGCUUCUGUCAGAGCUAAAGAGGAAAGCCAGUGAGCCUUCAAGACGCUGCACUAAAAGCUCAAAGCAUAUUUGGAACCUCCACAAUGCAGCGUCAUUGUUUGCCAAGUGCUAGCAAGAAAAGGCAUCUAAGAGCUUGCAAGAGAACUAUCAUGAGGCAGGUUUGUAUAAGCUGCUGUCUUUUCUGCAUUAGUCAUGCCUAUUUCCAGUCAUCCUUCUGCACAGAACCUUCAAAUCUCACUAGCGUAUUGGCCUUUAACUUAUUUUCCCAACAAGCCCAGUAACCAAGCAUGAAUCUUCAUUCUGUUUCUUGCCUAAUUAUAAUGAGACUCAGCAUACUCAGGGGAGAAGAGUAGGCUGUCUGGCCAAACUAAUCCCUUCUUUCCUAUCAUUGCACAUAAGUGAACUAAACCUUCUCCAUCUAUAGAAGGGAGCUAAUCCAUAAACAUAAUCAACUACUUUCUGAAGGUAUUUGCAAGCAGAUUGUUUAAUAUAUGACAGUAUUAUGAAAAUCCAAGGCACUAGGAGAGAGUUUUAGUGCAUUAAAAUAAAGAUCUUCCAUCCAGUUUGAUAAAUGUAAUUGAAUCACUUAUUUCCCAAGGGAAGAUUAAGCAUUCGUAUUAAAGAUUCAAGCAAAAUGUCAUGCCUUCUAUGUAAAGUGUGCUGCAUAUUUCUCAUACUGGCAGAGGAGGAGAAAAAUAGCAAGUAUGAGCUAUGGGGAAGUGAACUGCUAAAGAGAAGAGCUAUAUAUUGCAGUCAACUAUCACAUAUGAACUGUAAGGUGCGUUAUUUCUAUGACACCCAAAAAAAUCUAGCUAAUGGGGAUUACUAUGUCUACUACACUCAGCUCAAACCCAGGCUGAAAAUUAUCUUCUCCUUUAGCACCAUGAAACCUUCAGUUCCUUUUCAGAGUCAAAACAGCUUAGUGUUUACACUAAAAAGCAGAAAUGAAUUCCCAGUAAUCAUCGUCUCAGACUGAAUGCUAUCUUCUCUACUGAUCUGCGUUUCUACUGGAAAAGCUUAGUCCUUAUAAACCAGUUUUCUUAAGUAAGAAAAAUACAGCCAGCAUUUCAGCAGUUCUCUGCUUAAAGUGAUGCCACUGGCAAGCGAAAUCUCAGCUAAUGAUCAUAUAGCAUCAUUAUUUUGUGAUACAGUAUCUUUGCUGACUAUUGCUGAAUGCUCAGUUGUACUUACUUCUGUUGAGAUGGUUGGAAUUGUAUGCAAGCUGGUGUGGUUUUUUGCUUACCCAGUUUUUUGGUUGCAGAAAUGUUGUUUUUCUUCUGUCUGAUGUAGCAUUUUGCUUGCCUGCUGUACAACUUUGGCUGCCAAUGUUUUUUAAAGAUGUUUCUUGAAACAGGCACUGCAUUUUCUGAAUAUGGUAUUUCAAUGUCAUUGGAUUUUCUACAUGCUGUUUUUAUAGGCCCGAUGUUUAUUAUGCAACAUUUGAACAGUCAUGCUGGUCAUUUUCUUGAAUGAAAUUGAAUGUAUAUGAAGUACUGUUAGAUGAACAAAUAAAUUAUUGGGGGGUGAG